UCCGGGGCUCCGCCUUAGCCUCCGAUCCUGGGGCUCUGACUGGCGAAUUAAGGAGGGAGUCCGGGACCGGGCCCAUGGACUCGGCCGAGGUGGAAUUCCUGGCCGAGAAGGAGAUGGUCACCAUCAUCCCUAAUUUCAGCCUGGAUAAGAUCUACCUCAUCGGGGGAGAUCUGGGACCCUUUAAUCCCGGCUUACCUGUGCAGGUCCCGCUUUGGCUGGCGAUGAACUUGAAACAGAGACAGAAAUGUCGAGUGGUUCCUCCUGAGUGGAUGGACGUGGAAAAAUUGGAGGAGAUACGAGAUCAAGAGAGAAAGGAGGAAACAUUUACUCCAAUGCCUAAUCCUUAUUACAUGGAACUUACCAAAUUAUUGUUAAAUCAUGCUUCAGAUAACAUCCCCAAAGCAGAUGAGAUCCGGACCCUAAUUAAAGACAUGUGGGACACUCGUAUAGCUAAACUCCGAGUAUCUGCAGACAGUUUUGUCAAACAGCAGGAAGCACAUGCCAAGCUGGAUAACUUAACCUUGAUGGAGAUCAACACUACAGGAGCAUUUCUCACAGAAGCCUUAAAUCAUAUGUAUAAACUUCGCACAAAUCUCCAUCCUGCAGAGAGUGCUCAGUCUCAGGACUUUUAGUGGAAGAUGUUAUACCCUUAAAGGAGUUUUGUAAGAUUGAGGGUAGGCAGUGGAAAGAGGCUAGUUAGAUACCUUGCCAACUUCUCAGGAAUGAACUUCCUAUAAUUGAGUUCUCAGAAUAUCAGAAGCACAUGUAGAUGAUAGGACAGUGACAUCCUUUCCUUUUCCUUGAGAAAAGCAAUAGGUGAGAGACUGAAUAUUAAUCAUCAGCCCUUCCUCACUUUCAGAGGAUGUCUUUGGGCCCUUGUUGAUCUUGAAUAUCCCUGUUGCAAAACAAUUUCUUCUCUCUGGCAGAUUCAAUCCACUCCUUCUACCCUACCCUAUCCUUCUGAGAUGAAUGUCAGUACAGGGUUUAGAUGUUGGUUGAAGGCUACCAGCAGGAUAUUAUUUUUCUUUUUCAUGUUUAUUUUUAUCAGUGGCACAAUAAUGAAGGUGUGAUUUGGAAUUUAUUUCUAUGUACUUUGUUUUAUUUACUUAAUAUCUUUACAAUUUUAUUGUUAAGUUUUGCACUCUGGGAUAGUCUUAUUGGAUUGUUACUGAUGCUGAUGUGUUACAGUUUGCUUAGGCUGACUGACUGAAUCAACCUCAGAAGUGGUUGAAUGGUUUGAACUUACUUUUGCCUAGUAGUACAGAUAAUAGUCAACUGGCUAUUGUGUCAAAAUGGUUGAAAGAGCUAGACCAUACAGUUCAUUAUUAGGUCAUUUUAAAGGCUAAAUUGAAUUAUACACAAAACAACACUUGGUUGUUUAUCAAUAAAUAUGUAAAAUCUUC